GCAGCAGCCAAAUUUGAUGCUGACCCAACACUAAUCCUAUUAAUUAAAUUAAGAAGCAUGCAAAUUAAAUGCUUUACUUUUCUUUCCCCGACCAGAAAAACAAAAUGAGCAUUCUCUUCUUCUCCUUGUUCAUCUUCAUCAUCAAUGAAGCAGCAGCAGCAGAUUCAGCCUCAUGCCCCAUCAAUUUCGACUACGUGGGAACCUUGCCGUGGGACGCCUCCCUCUGCCGGCGGCCCCUCCAGUCACCCGGCUGCUGCCAGACUCUCCGCAGCCUCUUCGGCGUCGGCCUCGCCCAACACCUCAACCGCACCUCCACCUUCUACCUCCCCAACCUCAACACCUCCUCCGCCUGCAUAGCCCAAUUCGAAGCCAAAAUCGCAUCCAUGUCCAUAAUCACAUCCCCACUCCCCAUCUGCUUCAACGACACCGCCGAGUUCGUCAACAACGCCUCCUGCGCCGGCAUCGCCACCGUACAGGACUGGAUCGACACGGCCGCCCCCGCCUCCCUCCCUCUCGAGUCCGCCUGCAACGGCGACCUCACCGGCCUCACCCGCUGCAGCAUGUGCGUCGACGCCGGCCUCAGGGUCAACUCCUACCUCGUCUCCUCGCAUCCCAACUCCACCAAAUGCUUCUUCUUCGCAGUGCUCUACGCCGCCGCCAUCGCCAACGACUUGGGCCCUGAAGACGUGAGAUCCGCCGCCUGCAUAUUCGGCCUGCCCCCGUCCAGACCUCCAAGAUCAAACCACAGAAUUCGAAGAUUUGUUUUCGGGUUCGUAGGGGGUCUAGUGGGGGUUUCCGGCUUCGUCAUCCUCUUCCUGCUCUACACAAAGUGGCAGAGGAAGAGGAAACAUGAUUCCAUCCAUGAAAGCUACGUGACGUCUGUGAAAUCCAUGCAACCCAACAUCGGAGCUACGUUUUUCCAUCUCCGAGAGCUGGAGAGAGCCACCGAUGGAUUCUCAGACAAGAAUUUGAUCGGACAGGGCGGCUUCGGAGUUGUCUACAGAGGAACCCUCCCCGACAACACACACAUCGCAGUGAAGCAGAUUCUGGAUUCAAAUUCCACAGAAACGGACGACGAUUUCACCAACGAGGCGCUCAUCAUAAGCAGGAUCCGCCACAGGAACCUCCUCCCUCUCAGAGGAUUCUGCGCCGCCAGCGACAGAUUCCACGGCAGGAGGCGCUUCCUCGUCUACGACUUCAUGCCAAACGGCAGCUUGAACGAUCACAUCUUCACUUCCAACGAUCACCAUCAUCAGCUAUCUUGGCCCCACCGCAAGAACAUAAUCCUCGACAUAGCCAAAGGGCUGGCCUACCUGCAUCACGGGAUCAAGCCCGCCAUCUACCACCGCGAUAUAAAGGCCACAAACAUUCUCCUCGACGCGGAGAUGAAGGCCAAAGUUGCCGAUUUCGGGCUAGCCAAGCAGAACACACAAGGCGAAUCCCAUCUCACCACCAGAGUUGCGGGAACUCACGGCUACCUAGCGCCAGAGUAUGCUCUGUACGGGCAGUUGACAGAGAAGAGCGACGUAUACAGCUUCGGGGUGGUGGUUCUCGAGAUCAUGAGCGGCCGGAGGGUGCUGGACCCCUCGCAGAGCUCCAAAAUCUUGAUCACGGAUUGGGCGUGGGAGCUCGUGAAGAGCGAUAAGGUGGAGGAAGUUUUCCAUGAGUUUAUAAGGGAGGAAGGGCCCAAGGGAGUGAUGGAGAGAUUCGUGAGGGUUGGGAUUCUGUGCGCGCAUGUCAUGGUCGCGCUUAGGCCCACCAUUCAGGAUGCCUUGAGGAUGCUCGAAGGCGACAUCGACAUCCCUCGUCUGCCUCUCACCGCCCACCACCUUCUGCAAAUGCCCUCUAACUAUUAUACUCAUACCACAUCUACAACUCAGGCCUCUGCACCUACUUGGACCACUACUAGUUCAUCAGGAUUUUAGAUUUUGAAUAUACCUUGUAUUGCUUCUAAAUGUACACAAACACAAAAUUAUUUCCAUUGUAUUGGAGUUUCAUAUAUACAUUGAUUUUCAAACCGGAUUCAUACUUAAACAAC